AUGAGUAAGGAUCCUCACAAACGUGGGAAAAAUGUUCACACAGACUUGUUCCUCAGUGUGUUUGGCAUCAGUCAACGUCUUGCUAGAGAGAGAGAGAGAGAGAGACUAACACACACACCUUCCUCCGGCAGACACAACGACCUGCCGUGGAACAUCAGGAAGUUUAUGCACAAUAAACUUCACAGUUUCAACUUCACGGCCGAGCUGAAGAAACUUCGUCCGUGGUCCAGGUCCUCUUGGUCCCAUACUGACCUGCCCAGACUGAAGGAGGGCAUGGUGGGUGCCCAGUUCUGGGUAUCAUACGUGCCCUGUGAGUCUCAGAGGCUCAACGCUGUCCAGCUCACCAUAGAACAGAUUGAUCUCAUCAAGCGGCUCAUCGACCAGUAUCCAGACGACCUCCGCCUCGCUACCUCUGCCGACGAGGUGGAGGAAGCCUUCAAGAACGGCCGCAUCGCCAGCCUGAUCGGUGAGGGAGGUCACGCCAUACAGAACUCCCUCGGGGUACUGCGGGCGUUGAGAGACCUGGGUGUGUUACACACCUGUUGUCUCCCCUCCACACUCUAUAUUACACACCUGUUGUCUCCCUCCACACUCUAUAUUACACACCUGUUGUCUCCCUCCACACUCUAUAUUACACACCUGUUGUCUCCCUCCACUACCCAACCCUCCAAACGUCUAUUUCAGCUUUUAUUAAGUACUGUUAUUCUCAAUCUCCAUUACGGCUUUACUUUCAGGGCUGAGAGCGCCAGGGCCAAGGAGACGGACCUGGAAGACCCUAACUCUCCCAGGGGCCUCACCCACUUCGGCAAGACGGUAGUAAGAGAGAUGAACCGCCUGGGGCUGAUGGUAGAUCUCUCACAUGUGUCUCAAGCGACCAUGAAGGAGGCGCUGGAGGUGUCGAAUGCGCCGGUCAUCUUCAGCCACUCCUCCGUGUAUUCCAUCUGUAAGAACCCGAGGAACGUCCCCGACCACAUCCUGAAGAAGGUGGCUGUGAACGGCGGGGUGGUAAUGGUCAGUUUCUACAACCACUUCCUGACGUGUAGUGAAAACGCCUCCGUCAAGGAUGUUGUGGACCACAUCAACCACGUGAGGAAGAUCGCUGGUGUUGAGCACGUCGGUAUAGCUGACUUUGAUGGCGUUAACUCUCGCCCACCAAACUAUCCUGUUAGACGGUAUUUACAAAAACACAGAAGGAUCCGGGUAAGCUCCUCACAGCCGGUAUUCCAGAUUAAGACGUUCCACCAGACCGUCCAGGUUAAGACGUUCCAGGAGACCUUCCAGAUUAAGACGUUCCAGGAGACCUUCCAGCAGUGA